UUUUGUGUUCGCAAACUCUCAUAUCUCACAUAUCAAUAAUUCAGGCGCGCGCGCGACAGACAGAGAGAGAGAGAGAGAGAGAGAGAGAGAGAGAGAGAGAGAGAGAGAGAGAGAGAGAGACGGAGCUCCCUCCCUCCCGCGCGCCAUGAGCUCUGCUGCCUCGUCGUCACUCGUCCAGGGCCGCUGCGCACCGCGUGCGACUCCCGCGUCCUGCGUCUCCAAGUGACACGACAAGAAGAAGAAGAAGAAGAAGAAGAAGAAGAAACAAGUGAGGAGAACGGGUGAAAACUGGGAAUCGGACCGGACACACGGGAGCUGAUAAAGCGACUCUCCGGACAGAGUGAGAAUAAACCCGCCCGGUGUCCAGAGACGCGCCGAGGGAGGAAGAGUUUGCUGCGGGCUUCAUCGAGUCCGACAACACCGGCGUGGCGUCCGACCCGUCGAACCAAACCUCCUCGCGGUUCCGUCUGGGGGGGUGGUGGUGGGGGGGGGGGCAGAAAUCCGCGGGAAACUCUUCUCACCUGACUCUUUUUUUAUUCCCCCCCAAAAACAAGAAGGACACCUGACUGGGAGCAGUCCGCCUCCCGUCCCGUUGCUCCGGUAUGUUGGCGCUUCGCCUGCUGCUCGGCGCCGUGUGCCUCGCGGCGGGUCCGGCCCGCGCGCAGAACGAGACGGAGCCCAUCGUGCUGGAGGGCAAGUGCCUGGUGGUGUGCGACUCCAACCCGGCCGCGGACCCCACGGGCACCGCGCUCGGCAUCUCGGUGCGCUCCGGCAGCGCCAAGGUGGCGUUCUCCGCCGUGCGCAACACCAACCACGAGCCCUCCGAGAUGAGCAACCGCACCAUGGUCAUCUACUUCGACCGGGUUCUAGUAAACAUUGGGAAGAGUUUCGACGAGGAGAGAAGUAAUUUCAUCGCGCCACGCAAAGGGAUUUACAGUUUUAACUUCCACGUAGUGAAAGUCUACAACCGCCAAACCAUACAGGUGAGCCUGAUGCACAACGGGUGGCCGGUGAUCUCGGCGUUCGCGGGCGACCAGGACGUGACGCGCGAGGCGGCCAGCAACGGCGUGCUCAUCCAGAUGGAGAAGGGAGACCGGGCCUACCUCAAGCUGGAGCGGGGGAACCUCAUGGGGGGAUGGAAGUACUCCACCUUCUCCGGCUUCCUGGUGUUCCCCGUGUAGAGGGGGGAAACUCCGAGAGGAGAGAGGAGGAGGGGCGGAGGUGAAGGAGGAGCUGGUGGAAGACUGGACAGUGCGGCGGAAGGCGAGAGGGGGAACGGAGGGGAAGGAGAAGGAACGGGAAGAAGAGGGGGAUUGGACAAGAGACUUCUGUUUGGGACGCUGUGGAGGGAAGAGGACGGACGUUAGAGAGCGAUGACACAGAAUGAUUAAACAACGGUUACGUGAGCGAGGAAUUAUGGCGCCGGUACAUGAGAGAGAGAGAGAGAGAGAGAGAGAGAGAGGCCAGCUUCUUCACUCCCCUUCCUCCUGUCAUCCGUCACUCAUCCCUUUUUUUCCUCUGUUUCCUCUCUGUGGCCCGACUAAAGCCCUGUAGCGGACAAAACUUUUUUUAUUCUCCGCCGAAAGACGCAAUUGAUCAUUUAUAUGUCCCCGGGUGCAAGCCCCCCCCUCCCUCCCGUCCCCCCGCCGUCCUCCACAUUCAUCAUUCAAUCACUAAUUCAUCGAUCUCCAUCAACAUCAUGCAGCUUUGAAGAAUGUUCCUCCAAGAGCUGCUCCCAUCCGCUCCCAUUCACCAUAUUGGUAGGGUCCUUAUCUUUUUGUUCCCUUCAUCGUCAUAAAUGUGCACUGAUGUUUGGAUCAGCCUCCACCACCAAAGCCAAAAUAGAUUUUUUUUUUCCUUAUUCCUUGACAGUUUGUUCUUGAAGUACGCAUCUGUUGCCCCGCCCCCUCCCAUCCUUUCAUCCCUACGACUGCGCGUACCCUCGCUCUUCUCUCCUUCGGCAUCCUCGCCGACGGUCUUGUCCGAUUCCCCGCCUUCAAAUCAGAUUGUCUUGAUUUCCUACGACGGCGUCAAACAUUUCUCUCGAAUCCGAGAGGAGUGGGUCGUGCCCAGCGGUGCCUCGCGGUUACUGUGAGGCUGUGAACACUUCAGGUUAAAACAAGAAAAGAAAAGGUGUCAAUGAAAAGCUGAAGAUGAAUAUAUAAGAUCAAUCUGCAUGUGAAUAAUAAUCUCAUUAUUAAACUAAUUAAAAAGGUGACAUUUUUUUAAAACACUGAUUUAGCAACAGCAAGUUUGUUUUUUAAAAGAAACAGGCAACGCUUCCGAGGUUUUAUCAACAUAAUGAGGAAACAUUAACCAACACGUUUGCCAAAAUACAAAAAUAUUAAUAGUGAACACUCGGCUGGAUGAACCUCCCGCAGGCUGAUAUGUUAAUACUCAACAUCUCUGAGGUUUCCACUGUUGAUCAGACAAAACAAGACCUUUAAAUAUCUUCACUCCUUUUUUGACGAAACACCGAACGAUCACUCGGUUAUUAAAGAUGAUAAUUGUCAGACGUAUUGAUGGCGAAAACAUCUCUUAUGAAGACAUGACUAACUUAUCCCUGACAUUAAAUAAGCAAUGUAACGAAGCACGACUGUACGAACAACGACGGCAACGACAACAUAAACUAAAACAACAGGGCUGCAAGAAACACAGAUUGAUGAAUCAUCCGCGUGACCACAGAUUUGAAAAAUCAUAGCUCGCCAGUAAAAAUCUUUUCAAAAGCACUAACAAAUGAAAAAAAAGAGAAAAGGGCCAUUUUACAUUUCUGAUAAGGUGCAGG